AUCGGCACCGUUAACAGCUGUCCGCUGUCGUUAGAUGUUUAAAGUAAAUAAUAAGACAUAAACUUAGAGGUACAGUGAACUUUUUCCUUCGCCAACUUUAGCGCUAUUUACUAUUAUUAUUGUUAUUACUAAUUGAUCAAAGAGUUUUUUUUUUAAAUUUCUACACGUUUAAAUCACUUUGGAAAUGGUCAAUUUGGAGUUUAUGAACGUCACUCCGACGAACCAUGACGAAGUUGUUCCGGUACUGGAACCGUAUGUCGACGGAAUUCUGUCCAUACGGAGCGAACAAGCACAAGCACAAUCGGUCGACAAUGAUAAUUAUUACAACGACGGUUUCGCGGACGCCGAAGAACCGCCUUUGUUGGAAGAGCUCGGCGUCGACGUGGACAAGAUUUGUGCGCGCUUGCUCCGCUCGUUGGACCCGACCGGUAAGCGCGAAGCGAUUUUGGCCGACUUUGAUCCGGUCGGGCCCGUAGCCGUGUACGUGGCGUACACGGCGCUGGUGUUCGUAGCCCGCGGCAAGUUCGUGUUCGGCCACGUUUACGGCCUGUCCGUGUUGACGGCCCUCGGCGUGUACGGCCUGCUGUGGGCCUUGACCGGUUCGUCCAGAGUAACCGUGACCGCCGUUUUUACCGUGCUGGGCUACUCGUUCGCGCCGUCCGUGCUCGUCGCCCUGGCCGCCGUGUUCGUCCGCCUGGACAACGUUUUCGGCGCGCUGGUCGUUUUGGCGGCCGUCCUGUGGUCCGGUUCGAACGCGUCCGCCGAAUUUGUCGCCACGUACGGCAACGUCGACCAGAAACACCUGAUCACUUAUCCGUGUGCCGUCGCUUACUGUCUCCACUUGUUACUGGUGUUGUUCUAAAUCGUUUACUCGCACAUCAUUUUAUUAUUAAUAUUAUUUUUUAUUUCGUAUGACAACGACCGUUGAUGUUUUUUUAAUUUAAUUUAAUUAUUUUUUAUACAAAUCAUAAAUAUAUAUUUUUUAUUACGAAACGCAGUUUUUGACUUUUUAUUGCACUUUUUUUAUACGAUAUUUAAAUAUUAAAUCAGAUUA